CUUCCAAACAGAUUUUCAAGUAAGCCGAAGAGUAUAUGCCCAAAACUGCGGACCAACGGAGGCGAAUCGGAGAGUUGGCAGCGAGGCACAGAUUUUCUUAUGCUCAGAAUUUGUUGAUUACGUUCUUCCAGCUCUCAUCUGAAAACAGUGGGUUUUUGGGUAUAAAAUUGAUGGAGAGCUAUGCAUAUCAGGUUUAGAUCGCAUUGUUUGUUUUUUGGAUUGAUGAAGGAACAGUAUGAAGUGAGCUUGGUGAAGCUUGGACAAUGCUCUGCUGCAAGAAUUCCAUUCUAGAAACACAUUAUAAUAUCCUAUCAGUGAAAGAAGAUGCGACUUAUGAAGAAAUUCGUGCGAGCUACAGAUCUGCCAUCCUUAACAGCCAUCCUGAUAAAUUACAAAAUGCAUCUGAGGCUUCCCACGCCGAGAAUGAACUAGGGGCUAGUUUCUUGAAGGUACAGAAGGCUUGGGAAAUCCUCAGCGAUUCAAGGUCUCGGGCACUUUAUGACAUUGAGCUUCAAGCUUCGAGACAGGAUUCAACCAUAGCUGCAGAAGAUGUUAGCUUGGAAGAUAUGAUUGUUGAAGAUACAGGAGAGGAAGUUGAACUCUUUUACCAUUGUCGGUGCGGCGAUUAUUACUCUGUUGAUUCUUUAGAGUUGGGAAAAAUGGGAUUUCCUUUAUUGAGAGAUGGGAGGAAGAUAUCUUUACAGAGAGGGGAUGCUUUGCCAGCUUCAGUUAUUCUUCCUUGUGGUUCUUGUUCUUUGAGAGUCCGGCUAUUGAUAAAUUCAGAUAUUUAUGUUUCAAUCAAUAAUAAUAUUUGAUCUAUAAUUCA